CAACGAUCCAGUUUCUUAUUCGGAUCGCAACCCCCAUCAGUCGUCAUGUCGUCCUUACUCGGAGCUGGCUAUGAGUCAAGCGACGAUGACACCACUCCCUCCGCCCCUCAGACCCAACCCCCCGCGCCGUCUGCGACCAAGAUUGUCGCCGCGCCCGAAGUGAACACAGAGGAUCAAGCACACAUGCAGAUGAUGCUAGCUAAUACCUCCUCCACCGCCCUGACCUACAACGCCACAUACGACGACCUCUCCCGACCAUCGCAAGGCCCAGCCAACCCGUUCAAACCCAUCGGAGGGGCCAACGGCCUCAAGCGCAAGAAUGUGCCCACCGGAUACGCCGAAGAGGCCGCUAUCAGCGAAGCGACCUUCACGGCGCAGCACCGCACCUUCCAGAGUCUCGGCUACACGCGCAACCCGACGCAGCCCGAGCAGUUCGUCGGCAACCUUUCCCACGCCGCGCAGUUCGGCGGCCGUGACGUGAUCCAGAUGAAACCGUCCAAGACCGUCUCGGCGGCGCUGCGCUCCAAGCGGCAGAGGAAGGGCGACCCGAGCAUCGUCGAAGGGGAGGGCGCCUACCUCGGCCCGUGGGCGAAAUACCAGUCGGACGACCACUACUACGACGAGCGGGCCGUGGAGGGCGACGAGGCGGAGGAUCGCGAGCUGGCCAGCGACGAAGAAUACGUGUAUGAGGACGAGGUGGACGCAGCCCAGGCACCCCCCGCGCACAUCCCCCCACCCAUGGACAAACUGGCGACCGACUACCAAGACGACUCGACCACCGCGGAGACGACCGAGUUCCACGGCAGCGAGCAGUUCGACUACCAGGGCCGGACGUACAUGCACAUCCCGCAGGAUCUGGACAUCGACCUCCGGCGGGAGCCCGGCAGCACGAAGAACUUCAUCCCCAAGAAACUCAUCCACACGUGGAAGUCGCACACCAAGGCGAUCACCUCGCUGCGCUUCUUCCCGCGGUCGGGCCACCUGCUCCUGUCGGCGGCCGCCGACGGCAAGGCCAAGAUCUGGGACGCGUACCACUCGCGCGAGCUGCUGCGGACCUUCUCGGGCCACAGCAAGGCGAUCACGGACACGGACUUCCACCCGACGGGGACGACCUUCCUCACGGCCUCGUACGACCGGCAGAUCAAGCUCUGGGACACCGAGUACGGCAAGUGCGUGGGCCGGUUCUCGACGGGCAAGACGCCGCACGUCAUCCGGUUCAACCCGGCCCCGGACCUCUCCCACGAGUUCCUGGCCGGCAUGUCCGACAAGAAGAUCGUGCAGUUCGACACGCGGUCCGGCGAGCUGGUCCAGGAGUACGACCACCACCUGGCGGCGAUCAACACGAUCACCUUCGUGGACGACAACCGGCGCUUCAUCUCCACCUCGGACGACAAGUCGCUGCGCGCGUGGGAGUACGGCAUCCCCGUGCCGAUCAAGUUCAUCGCCGAGCCCUACAUGUUCGCCCUCACGCGCGCCACCCCGCACCCCAACGGCAAGUACGUCGCCUUCCAGUCCGGCGACAACCAGAUCGUCGUCUACGGCGCCACCGACAAGUUCCGCCAGAACCGCAAGAAGAGCUUCCGCGGCCACAACAACGCCGGCUACGGCAUCGACAUCCGCAUCUCCCCCGACGGCCAAUUCCUCGCCUCCGGCGACAGCGCCGGCUACGUCUGCUUCUGGGACUGGAAGACCGGCAAGAUGUACCACAAGAUCCUCGCCGGCGGCAAGGAGGGCGGCGCCACCACCUGUCUCGAUUGGCAUCCCCAGGAGACCAGCAAGGUUGUUACCGGUGGCUUGGAUGGGAUUAUUCGCUACUGGGAUUAAUUUCCUCUUACGGGCCUUAUCUAUCUGUUUUUUUUAUUCCUUCAAGGCACACAAGGAGUUUAUGGUAUAAUGUCGCUUCCAUAUGAAGGCUUUUUUUUUCUUUCUUCCAUUGUCACGUAUAGGUAC